CAUAUUCAGUAGAACGAAUCUCACAGCUGUUAUCCGAGGAUACAGUUAAUAAUUAGCAUGUCGACAGCACAGGUGCUGUGCCGCUACUAUGCUAGCGGGUGCUGCAAGCGUGAGGAUUGUGGCUUCCUUCACGACUUUAAGGGGAGAAUGAACAUGUCGUGCACUUUCUUCCUGCAUGGCCAGUGUACCUACGGGUCGAAGUGUCGGUACGACCACGUGCGGCCCAAUAAGUCGCAAGAAACGACCACCACAAUCAAUGGCACUGCCAGGAAACCACAAGGGUAUCCGAAGAGAGUGGGCACUGCGUCACUCGGUAGAGAUAACCCAACGAGACAAGCGCAGGACUCAGCUAAGGCACCAUUGCCCACACACACACAACCACACACACAACCACACACACAACCACACACACAACCACACACACAACCACACACACAACAGUCACGCAAUGCGACGCAACACACUGAAAGCCACCACAGCACUGGCGAGCGCAGCACGACAGUCGGCAGUGGCAUCGCCCCACUGUCCACCGACGCACCUGCGUUCCAACCCAACCAGCCGUACAGACCAACCACAACCAACCAAACACAAACGCACACGGACACGCCUGCACAUCCCAGCACCACCACCCCCACCAAAGCAUCGGCAGGCACCACAGCGGUCAACCCAGGCAUGUCAUUCGCUGGGGCUGCCAGGAGCGGUCUCACAUAUGCACAGCCAGCUGCGGCCGAGGCGGAGACAGCGGAGUCCGCUGCGGAGAAGGCCUUGCGUGACGCACUGCUGUGUCCGUUUGCAAUGGCGGGAAAGUGCGCGUUUGCGGUAGGUAGAUGCAAGUAUGUGCACGGAGACGUCUGUGAGGGGUGUGGCAGGCAGUGUCUGCACCCACACAACACACAGCAACGCACACAGCACCACGCCACAUGCCAAGGCAGCGCAAGACCACCACCACCCGACGAUGGGCUUACAGCGGAGAUGUAUGCGACGAGUGGUGGCACAGGAGACUUUGAGGAUACUACUGGACACGCUGCGACUGGUGAUGCGGGCGAUGGCGACACAAAUGUGUGGGCUGCAGUGGAUCGUGUGGUCAGCUCUGACGUCGGCCGCUUUGGCAUAGGUUUCGAUGGCGUCUGUAUGAAUGCAGUAUAA